AUGGGCAACGCGGCCGGCAGCGCGGAGCAGCCCGCGAGCCCCGCAGCGCUGUCCCCCAAGCAUCACGCGGCGCCCAAGCAGCCGAUGCCCGCGGCCGGAGAGCUGGAGGAGAGGUUUAACCGGGUCCUGAACUGCAUGAACUUGCCCCCGGACAAGGUCCAGCUGCUGAGCCAGUAUGACAACGAGAAGAAGUGGGAGCUCAUCUGUGACCAGGAGCGUUUUCAAGUCAAGAACCCUCCUGAAGCCUAUAUCCAGAAGCUGAAGAGCUACCUGGAAAUCGGUGGGGUCAGCCGAAAGGUAGCAUCAGAUUGGAUGUCCAACUUAGGGUUUAAGAGGAGAGUCCAGGAGUCCACCCAGGUGCUAAGGGAGUUGGAGACCUCCCUAAGGACCAACCACAUUGGGUGGGUGCAGGAGUUCCUCAACGAGGAGAACCGUGGCCUGGAUGUGCUGCUCGAGUACCUGGCCUUCGUGCAGUGCUCUGUCACGUACUACAUGGAGAGCACAGACAAUGGGGCCCCGGGCUCCGAGAAGAGCAAGCCGCUGGAGCAGUCGGUGGAAGAUCUCAGCAAGGGCCCGCCCUCAUCCUUGCUGCCACAGCCCAAGAGCCGCCACCUGACCAUCAAGCUGACCCCGGCCCAUAGCAGGAAGGCCCUGAGGAAUUCCCGCAUCAUCAGUCAGAAGGAUGACGUCCACAUCUGCAUCAUGUGUCUGCGUGCCAUCAUGAACUACCAGUCUGGCUUCAGCCUCGUCAUGAACCACCCAGCCUGUGUCAAUGAGAUUGCUCUGAGCCUCAAGAACAAGAACCCUAGAACCAAGGCUCUGGUGCUGGAGCUGCUGGCGGCGGUGUGCCUGGUUCGGGGAGGACACGAUAUCAUCCUUUCGGCCUUUGACAACUUCAAGGAGGUAUGUGGGGAGCAGCACCGCUUUGAAAAGCUGAUGGAAUAUUUCCGGAACGAGGACAGCAACAUUGACUUCAUGGUGGCCUGCAUGCAAUUCAUCAACAUUGUGGUACAUUCAGUGGAGAACAUGAACUUCCGCGUCUUCCUGCAGUAUGAGUUCACCCACCUGGGCCUGGACCUGUACUUGGAGAGGCUUCGGCUCACGGAGAGUGACAAGCUGCAGGUGCAGAUUCAGGCCUACUUGGACAAUGUUUUUGAUGUGGGUGCACUGCUGGAGGACACUGAGACCAAGAAUGCUGUGCUGGAGCACGUGGAGGAGCUGCAGGAGCAGGUGGCCCUGCUGACAGAGCGGCUUCGGGACGCGGAGAACGAAUCCAUGGCCAAGAUCGCAGAACUGGAAAAGCAGCUAAGCCAGGCCCGAAAGGAGUUGGAGACCCUGCGGGAGCGCUUCAGCGAAUCGACCCCCAUGGGCACCUCCAGACGUCCCUCUGAGCCUGAGAAAGUGCCUGCCCCUGCCCCGGCGCGGCCCUCAGCGCUAGAGCUGAAGGUGGAGGAGCUGGAGGAAAAGGGGUUGAUCCGUAUCCUGAGGGGGCCCGGGGAUGCCGUCUCCAUCGAGAUCCUCCCGGUCGCUGUGGCAACUCCGAGCGGCAGCGAUGCCCCCACUCCGAGGGUGCCCAUCGGCUCCCCCAGCCCAGCCCAGUGCGCAUGUGUAGGGCGGGGAGGCGGACACACGACCCCUCAACCUAAGAAAUUGACACGCCCUUCUCCCCGCCCCCCUCCCCGGUUCUCGCUGGGCUCAGAACUCCCACCUGCAGCAGAGCCGGUUCCCGGAGCAGCAACCCCACCGCCGCCGCUGCCGGGAGACCAGCCGCCCCCACCCCCGCCACCACCGCUGCCUCCGGGCGCUGACGGUUCGGUGCCUCCACCGCCCCCACCGCCUCCGGGAGGUCCCUCUGCUGCUCUUGGAGGGCCUGGCUCAGAGAUGGGCCCGGGAAUGAAGGCCAAGAAACCCAUCCAGACCAAGUUCAGAAUGCCACUCUUAAACUGGGUGGCCCUGAAACCCAAUCAGAUCACAGGCACUGUCUUCACUGAGCUCAAUGACGAGAAGGUGCUGCAGGAGCUGGACAUGAGUGACUUUGAGCAGCAGUUCAAGACUAAGUCCCAAGGCCCCAAUGUAGACCUUAGCGCCCUCAAGAGUAAGGCAGCCCAGAAAGCCCCCAGCAAAGCCACGCUCAUUGAGGCCAACCGGGCCAAGAACCUGGCCAUCACCCUGCGCAAGGGCAACCUGGGGGCAGACCGCAUCUGCCAGGCCAUCGAGACGUACGACCUACAGACCCUUGGCCUGGACUUCCUGGAGUUGCUGACCCGCUUCCUGCCCACAGAGUAUGAACAUAGCCUCAUCGCCCGUUUUGAGCGGGAGCAGCGACCCAUAGAGGAGCUGUCAGAGGAGGACCGUUUCAUGCUGCGCUUCAGCCGCAUCCCCCGCCUGCCCGAGCGCGUGAACACGCUCACCUUCCUGGGCAACUUCCCAGAUACUGCCCAGCUGCUUAUGCCGCAACUGAAUGCCAUCAUUGCAGCCUCAAUGUCCAUCAAGUCCUCGGACAAACUCCGCCAGAUCCUGGAGAUCGUCCUGGCUUUCGGCAACUACAUGAACAGCAGCAAGCGUGGAGCAGCCUAUGGCUUCCGGCUCCAGAGUCUGGAUGCGCUGCUGGAGAUGAAGUCGACUGACCGCAAGCAGACGCUGCUGCACUACCUGGUGAAGGUCAUUGCUGAGAAGUACCCACAGCUCACAGGUUUCCACAGCGACCUGCACUUUCUGGACAAGGCAGGCUCAGUGUCCCUGGACAGCGUGCUGGCCGACGUGCGCUCCCUGCAGCGAGGCCUGGAGUUGACCCAGCGGGAGUUUGUGCGGCAGGAUGACUGCGCAGUGCUCAAGGAGUUCCUGAGGGCCAACUCGCCUAUCAUGGAUAAGCUGCUGGCAGACAGCAAGACGGCUCAGGAAGCCUACGAGUCUGUGGUGGAGUACUUCGGAGAGAACCCCAAGACCACGUCCCCCUCCAUCUUCUUUUCUCUCUUCAGUCGCUUCAUCAAAGCCUAUAAGAAAGCCGAGCAGGAGGUGGAACAGUGGAAGAAAGCAGCAGCUGCCCAGGAGGCAGGCACCGACACCCCGGGGAAAGGGGAGCCUCCAGCACCCAAGUCCCCACCCAAGAUCCGGCGGCAACAGAUGGACCUCAUCUCUGAGCUGAAAAGGAAGCAGCAGAAGGAGCCACUCAUCUAUGAGAGUGACCGUGAUGGGGCCAUUGAAGAUAUCAUCACAGUGCUCAAGACGGUGCCCUUCACUGCUCGCACCGGCAAGAGGACGUCCAGGCUCCUCUGUGAGGCCAGCCUGGGAGAGGAGAUCCCCCUCUAG